AUGUACAAAAUCGACGACCACGUCGCCUGUGCAGUCGCCGGAAUCAUGUCGGACGCCAACAUCCUCAUCAACACCGCCCGUGUUGCCGCCCAACGUUACACCUUCUCCUACCAAACCCCAAUGCCAGUCGAACAGCUCGUCCAAUCACUAUGCGACACCAAACAAGGCUACACCCAAUUUGGCGGACUCCGCCCUUUCGGGGUGUCGUUUCUGUUCGCGGGGUGGGAUAAGAACUACGGGUUUCAGCUUUACAUGAGUGACCCUAGCGGGAACUAUGGCGGUUGGAAGGCGGCGGCGGUUGGGGCGAACAAUCAGGCGGCUCAGUCCAUGUUGAAGCAGGAUUAUAAGGAGGAGAUUAGUCGGGAGGAGGCGGUGCAGCUGGCGCUUAAGGUGUUGAGUAAGACGAUGGAUAGUACGAGUUUGACGGCUGAGAAGUUGGAGUUGGCGGAGGUGUUUUUGGAUGAUGGUGGGAAGGUGAAGUAUCAGGUUUGUUCGCCGGAAAAUCUUGGGAAGAUGUUGGUUAAGUAUGGUGUCACUCAAGCUCCGGUGGAUACUUAA